UUUUCAGAAAAUCUAAUCAUGUGACUACAGGCUCAGUUUCUGGCAAGGCAUUCAGUUUUUUUGUUCUGCAUCCAAUUAGGACAACUUCUUGAAGGCAACUGCAAUGGCGUUUAUCAUCCAUGCCUUUAUUUGCUUUUGGUUUUUAAUUUCUGCAAAUGCAGCACCAGGAAAGCUGAACAAAGAUGCAGUGGAGAAGUGCCCCGAUGGUUUUGUUAGAUUCCAAGACUCCUGCUACAACUUCUACUCUGAAAAGUUUUCUUGGCCAGAGGCACUGAUCUUCUGCAGAGCAUUCAACUAUACAUUAGUUACCCUGACAACCAUCGAUCAGUACAAGUUCAUAAAAGGUCAUCUGACCACAAUUACAGACGUCUCAAAGGUUCAAAUAAGAUCAACCACCCCCGGUCCAUACUUUUAUGGGUCGCGAUUUGGCACCCCCAGCCCGUAUUCUUCUAGGUCGCGUUACGUUUGGCAGAAUCAAAACACUCCACGAUCUAGAAUAGACAACUUAUCUUCGAAUUCAGGUGGAUACAUCUCCUCCGGAUUCUGGACGGCUGGUACUUCGGCGGAUCUCCAGGGACACUGGAAAUGGGUGACCAAUAAGCAAACUAUUGACUUUGACCAGUUCAACGCCACAGAUCCAACCAAAUCAAGCUUCUCUGGAAUGCUGCUAUCGACUAACCAACAGAGUGGUUGUCUUGCUCUCGAGAAGAGCACCGGGUUUAAUGUUGCUCGCGUCGACUGCAUGACACCCCAGCAUUUCAUUUGCGAAAGACAUGAUUCACAGUGAAAAACAAGUACUUUUUUUCUCGUUUAUUUGUUCGCUUGAUGUCAAAUUUUGUUAAAUAUUGAUACGAUAUUUGUUUAAAUAUGUCAUUGUUUUUGCAGUUAUGCUGCGUUAUGAUAGAUAUUUGUGCAAUACACAAUCGAUGCAAUAAUAUGAUUUACGUUGCUGCUUAACCAAUAUUAAGCUAUAAAGGCCUU